AUGUGUCUGGCCACCAAGACGGUUCAUUUGGAGGCGACCACAGAAGCGUUCCUGAACUGUCUGAGCAGGUUCCUCGCGCACCGGGGGCGAUGCCGAGAGAUCUGCUCAGACAACGGAACCAAUUUCAUGGGCGCGUAUAACGAACUACGGCGGAUCCGCAAGUUCCUCCAGUGGAAUGGGAAGUCGAUCGGUUACCAUGCGAUCGCAGAGAGUGUCGAAUGGCGAUUUAUGCCCCCACACGCACCACACUUUGGUGGACUAUGGGAGACUGCAAUUAGGUCUGCCAAGAGACACCUUCUGCGAACAAUUGGAGAGACACGUCUCACUUACGAAGAGUUCAACACCAUGCUGGCCCGGGUCGAGGCAUGCAUGAACUCUAAACCACUGCAUCCUCUGUCGUCGGAUCCACGAGACUCUGAUUCCAUUUCCUCACGGGAGAUUUCAACUGCUGCAGACGAUACAGCAACAGUUCUGGAGGCAAUGGCGAGACCCAGGACCUCAGACCAUGACAGUGAGCAGGCUAGUCGUGCUCAAAGACGAAAACCUUCCGCCACAGCGAUGGAGACUAGGCCGAAUAGUCCAGCUGCAUCCAAGAUCAGACGGAAUGACGUGUCAGUGCAUACUAGCACUGUCACUCUCACCAGACCAGUGGCUAAGAUCUGCCUUCUAUCUGUGGACGACUCAGCGCUUCCCAGUCACGACGAACAGCCGGACCGGACCAACCACACGAGGAAUUGA